AUGUCAUUAAACAUAAGACGAUUUAACAAGACUGAAGAAACAAAAAGUUUGGAAAUUAAAAACGAUAUCGGUGAAGUUCAAAUGAUUUAUUCCUUCUUUUUUUGGGGUUUCCAUUUGUUAUUCUAUAGUGAAGAAAAAAGAUACCCAAGAAAUGUUAUCACAGCUUUGUGUAUGUUUUCCAAAAAAAGCUGCGCAAAAUAUUUGUUCGAUUCGAGUAAAUGGUAG